UUGCUUGCGCAUUAUAUGAAGAGUUUUGGCAAAGGUAUGCACGUUGGAUGAUUACCAAAAAUAGAUACAGUGAUGCACGUAAACAACAAGGCAAUAUUGAGGAAGUUAGAGACUUAUAUAAAUCGAUAAUGGAGUCAUCACCUGGACAUGUCGAAACGAUAAUGAAAUAUACGCACUUUGAACGUCGUCGAAACCCCGAUGAUUUACCUAAAGCCAUAAAUAUUCUAACAUCAGCUCUUGAAAGUGACACGUUAGACGAAAAAUCAAAGCCUUAUAUCAUAGUACAAUAUGCAAAAAUGAUAUGGCAUCACAAAAAAUCAGUGGAAGAUGCACGCCAAAUCUUCCAGCAAGACGCGACGAAAUGUUUAGAUAGCAAAUAUUUUUGGUGGAAUUGGUUCAAAUUUGAGUUAUCUCAAAACG